AGUGGAUCGGACCGUAAGGAUCCAGGAAUCAGGGAGCCGGACAGUUCCCCUCCCGUCCAGAAGGGUUUUCAUCCAGAGGAUUUGAUUUUUUUGGACUUGAUUUAGUUUGAAAUAAAAUGUCACAGCUGAGGUUCCUCCUGGCUCUGGCCUUGGUGCACGUGGUUCUGUCCUCCGGAGUGUUCGAGCUGAAGAUCCACUCCUUCCACACCGCACAGCGCAUGUGCAGAAGACACAGAGAUUGUCACAUCUUCUUCCGAAUCUGUCUGAAACACCCGGAGGACGUGAUCUCCGCCGAACCACCGUGCACCUUCGGAACGGGACACACGAACGUAAUCCGGGCGGACCACACGUCUAUCUCCAGCAGCGCUCCCAUCAGGGUUCCGUUCCACUUCAAAUGGCCGGGAACCUUCUCUUUGAUCAUCGAAGCCUGGAACGCCGAAUCUCCAACAGAGUACACAGACAACCACAACAACCUGGUCAGCCGCUUGGCCACCCGGAGGAGGCUGUCCAUCGGGGAAGACUGGUCCCAGGACGUGCACUUCGGGGAGCAGAGCGAGCUGCGCUACUCCUUCCACGUCUUCUGCGACGACUUCUACUUCGGAGACGGAUGCGCGGAAUACUGCCGGCCCAGGGACGACACUCUGGGCCACUACACCUGCGACGAGGAGGGGAACCGCAUCUGUCUGCAGGGCUGGAAGGGAAACUACUGCUCCGAGCCCAUCUGCUCUGUGGACUGUAGUGAGAAGUACGGCUACUGUGAGGCCCCUGAGGGCUGUACGUGUCGUAUGGGCUGGCAGGGCCCCUCCUGCACCAAGUGUGUUCGCUACCCAGGCUGCCUCCAUGGAACGUGUAGCCAACCAUGGCAGUGUAAUUGUCAGGAGGGCUGGGGGGGGCUCUUCUGUGACCAGGACCUCAACUACUGUACCAACCACAAGCCUUGUGCCAAUGGCGCCACAUGCACUAACACGGGUCAAGGCAGCUAUACGUGCACGUGCCGGCCUGGUUUCGGCGGGACCAACUGUGAGCUGGAAACCAACGAGUGUGACAGCAACCCCUGCAAAAACGGAGGCAGCUGCAAUGACCUGGAGAAUGACUACUCGUGCACCUGUCCGCAGGGUUUCUAUGGUAAGAACUGUGAGAUUAUCGCCAUGACUUGUGCAGAUGGUCCUUGCUUCAAUGGUGGGACGUGUGUGGAGACAAUGACCGGGGGCUACACCUGUCGCUGCCCCUCCAGUUACACCGGCUCCAACUGUGAAAAGAAGCUGGACCGCUGCAGCAACAGGCCUUGUCUGAAUGGUGGAGAUUGUCUGGACCUGGGCCAGAAUAUCUUGUGCCGCUGUCAGCCAGGUUUCACUGGAGCCAACUGCCAGGUCAACAUCGAUGAUUGUGCCUCAAGUCCUUGCCAGAACGCUGGAACCUGCCAGGACAGUGUGAAUGACUACACUUGUUCCUGUACACUGGGGUACACGGGGAAAAACUGCAGCGUGCGCUCAGAUGCCUGUGGUGCACGUCCAUGUCAGAACGGUGGCACCUGCUUCACCCACUUCACGGGGCCUGUGUGCCAGUGCCCCAAAGGCUUCAUGGGUCCGAGCUGCGAGUUCACACUGCAGCCCAGUUUCAAACCUGCUUUGCGCCAAGUCUCCCAGGCCUCCUCCUCGACCACCCUGACAGUUUCCUGCUUUCUAGCUGUCCUGGUGCUGGUUCUGAUCGCAGGGAUUUUGUUCCUGAGGAGGAGAAGGAGGAGAACAGAGGGCAGAAAGCAGCUGAGCGACAUCGCAGUUUACAAUGAUCUGGAAACAGUCAACAACCUGGGAGGCAGUGAGAGGGAGGCGUUCCUCAGCCAGAACAGCCUGUUCAAGAUGAGUAACAGCACAGCCCGCCUCAGCCUGGCCCUCUGUCCUGAAGCUAGAUCUGGGUACAGACACAACCCUGUGGAGAGCACGCUGGCCAGAGCGGACCAUCAGGACUUCAUGUGGAGGGACGAGUCCAUGUUGGGCCCAGGAGCUGGACUCAGAUAAAACUGAUUCGUUCAAACAGGGAAAUAAACAUUUCAACACUUGUUUCUCUGUCUUCAUGCACAGUGAAGAUGGGAUCAUAAAACUGAUAGACAUGUAAAAUGUUCAGUUCUGACAAAAGAACAGUUUGGGUAAAAAUAAUUUACAAAAUAUUUGACAGAAUUUAUGACAGAUUUAAUACCCAAAGACAGAAAAUAUGAGUUUAUCGGACCUACAACACAAACCAAAAACAGACGGGGGCUUCAAAAAACAAACACCUUCACUGAAAUGUAUGGUAUUCACUUUUUUCUUUUUUUAAAUGUAUCAUUUUUAUUUUGUUUUUUCAAUCUUCCUUUGACCAUUAUUUCCUUAUUGUGCGCACCAUCAUUUUUUAUUCUUUAUAUUAUUUAUUUGAGGACAUGUGUUUAUGAUUUGAUGUUGAUUGUGACAGAUGUGAAGAUAUAUUUAUAUGAUGCUG